CCCCGAUACCACCUCAUCCCACCUCCCCCGACGCCACGACACCCCCUUAAUUACGCCUUCACACGCAUCAGCUGGACCUCUCGCCAAUCAUGCCGCCCAAGCGCAUGACGGCCAACCCGGUGAGGCCGGCUCGCCACCGACCGGGCAAAGCCACCCUCGACGAAGACUCGUCCUCCGACGAAGAUGCUGCCAGCGAAGACGUCCAAGCCGACGAGGAACGCACCAUUCCUCCACCACCCAAGGCCACAAGUGCAGGCAGGAUUGCCAGCACCAAUCUGCGCAAUGUCGACCUCGCCCAGCGGCAACGGGAAGCAGAAGAGAGGAGGCUAGCCAGAGAAAAAGCCGAACGACUCGCCGCCGAACAAGGCUUCGUCACGGAGGGGGAAGAGGAAGAGGAGCAAGACGGAGAGGACGAAGAAGAAGCAGACAGCGACGAAAACGAAGACGAAGAAGAAGAAGAAAGCAGCAGCAGUGAAGAGGAAGCCCCGCGCCGCCUCAUGCUCCGCCCGAAAUUCAUCCCCAAAAGCCAACGCGCCGCCAUGGGGAAACCGGCACUCACGACCGCCCAAUCCGCCGAAGCCGAAGAAGAAGCCCGCAAAGCCGAAGAGGCCCGCCGGCAAGCCCAGCGCGACGCCCUCGUCGAGGAGCAGAUCAAGAAGGACCUGGCCGCCCGCGCCGCCAACCGGACGAAGAAGCACUGGGAAGACGCGGACCCGACGACGACGCGGGGCGAAGGCUCCGACGCAGCAGCCGGCGGCUCCGACAUGGACGUCGACACCAGCGACGACCUGGACCCGGAAGCCGAGGAGGCGGCCUGGCGGCUCCGCGAGCUGAAACGCGUCAAGCGCGAGCGCGACAGGCUGGCGGAGCGGGAGGCCGAGAUCGCGGAGCGGGAGCGGCGCGACGCCCUGACGCAGGAGGAGCGCGACGCCGAGGACGCGGCCAAGAUCGCGCGCCAGCGCGAGGAGAAGGACGCGCGCGGCAAGAUGGCCUACCUCCAGAAGUACUUCCACAAGGGCGCCUUCUUCUCCGACGAGGCGGCCGCGCACGGGCUCGACAAGCGCGACCUCAUGGGGUCGCGCAUCGCGGACGAUGUCAAGGACCGGAGCGUCCUCCCUGCGUACCUCCAGAAGCGGGAUAUGACCAAGCUGGGCCGCAAGGGCGCUACCAAGUACAAGGACCUCAAGACGGAGGAUACGGGACGCUGGGGCGACUUUGGCGACGAGUGGCGCGGGAGGGACGGGGGUAGGAAUGGCGGCAGGUUUGACGGCCGCUUUGGCCAUGUCGACGAGCGCUUCCGGCCUGAUGGCGGUGGCGGCGGGGCCCUCGGUCGGGGCGAAGAGGACAGGAGCGGAAAGGGGUCCAACGCUAUCCCGUUGGGGGAGCGCAGGGCGGGGGCUCCUGGCGGCCGGGAGAGGAGCAGAAGCCGCAGUCGGGAUCGGGAUCGUGGGAGCCGAGGGGACACCUACCGCCCUUCAAAUCGCAGUCGAGAUGCGGAUCACAGGCGGAGAGGCAAGUCGAGAUCAAGAUCAAGGUCACGGUCAAGGUCACGGUCAAGGUCGAGGUCUCCACCGAGACGGAGAAGAGACUCGCGGGAAGACCGGGACCGGCGGAAACGGAGUCCGUCUCCUGGUAGAGACAGGGACGGAUACCGUGAAAGUGACAAGCGGCGGAAGGUGGAUGUACGUUGAGUCGUGAAAAGGACACAGAAGAUAUCAUAAAUGUACAAUACAACACUGCGAGCGCGGGAAGCCGCUUGCUCUUCGAUUCUAGAUACCCUUAUUGCACCGACCUAAAGUGACGAACCAAACU